AUGCCCAGGAACAUCGAAGUACCCAUGUUGCGUUCGAUUACCAAGACGCUGUGCCGCAAUUACACGUCGUUGCUGCCGUUGGCAACCGACUUGAACAUCACCAAGAACGGCAAGGUCCUCCAGGCCGUGGGUUCGGGGUUGCGCUCGUCGCGGACCGGGUACACCGUCACCGUGUUCGGGGCGGCUGGGUGUAUUGGUCGUUACACCGCCGCCAAAUUGGCCAAGCACGGUACCACCACCGUCGUCCCUUACCGUGACGACAUGAAGAAGCGUUUCCUCAAGGUGCUGGGGGACCUUGGCGUCGUCAACUUUGUCGAAUUUGACUCGCGCAACAUCAAGUCGAUCCAGGACUCCGUCGCCCACUCCGACGUCGUCAUCAACUGCAUUGGUGCUGACUACAACACCAAGAACUUCUCCAUGGCCGACGUCAACAUUGGCAUCGCCGAAAGAAUCGCCCGCCUCACCAAGGAAGCCGGCGUCCCCCGGUUCAUCCACCUCUCGUCGUACAACGCCGACCCCAACCUGGAUUCGGUGUUUUACGCCACCAAGGGUAUCGGUGAACAAGCGGUGAGAGAAGCCUACGGCUCCGACAUCACCAUCGUCCGUCCCUCCCCCGUCUUCGGCAGAGAAGACAACUUGCUCAACUACUUGGGCCCCAAGACGAAGAUGUGGCUGCCCAACCGCAACGCCAAGAAGGUGAGACCCGUAUACGCCUUGGACGUUGCCGAAGCGCUUCAAAAGAUGGUCUACGACGACUCCACCGCCGGCCAGACCUACGAAUUGUACGGUACUGAGUACUCGUAUGCCGAAAUUCGGGAAAUGAUCCACAACAUCACUCACCACGACGGUUACAUCUUGCUGUUGCCUUACACCAACGCCGACUACUACGCCCCUCUUCAAUUGCUCAAGUUGGUGGCGUGGGCUAAGCAAUUCUUGUACUGGAAGACCACCAACCCCGACCAGAUCCAACGUCACUUGAUCGACCAAAAGGUCGACCCCACCGCCAAGACGUUUGCCGACUUGGGCAUCAAGCCCACCGAGCUUCCCGACGUGUUGUUCAGCUUGGUCAAGCAAUGGAGACACCCGUUGAUCGCCCUUCAAGGUCCCGACUCCGGCACCAGUGCCAAGCAAGCGGCCAAGUUGCGCCAAAUUGAACACUUCUCUUAG